GCUUGAUAAACCUUAGGGAUACGACUCGGUAAUAAUGGCAAAGGAGAAAAGAAGUAAAAACCAAAUUAGAAGGGAGAAGGCCAAACUACGAAAGUUGAACGAAACGAACCCGAAGAACGAGACAAAAAGUAAGUCCGAUGAACUUCUAUCGAAAAGACCCUCCAGUACUAUAACGAAAGAUGGAGAUAAUGACACAGUCGACGAUCUGAACGGUAUGCUGAUUCCAGAAAACGACGAGCUUUACUCGCAGUUCUCGAGCGUGUUUAGCAAAUUCAAUGGUUCAAAUACUGAAGACGAAAAACCAAAGAAGCCGGAAAAUGAAACAUUCAUCAAUGAUGAAUUAGUUGAAGAAACUUGGGAUGAUUUUGAUAAUGAAGAUGAAAGUGAAGACGAGGAUGAAGAAGAAGAAGCAAUUUCGAAAAGACAACUACGGAAGAUUAAUAAAAUUCCUCUUUCAUCAUUAAAGGCAUCUAUUUCCAGACCGCAGGUGGUCGAAUUGAACGACGUUGAUGCUCCUGAUCCUUAUUUCUUGGUGAGACUCAAAUCCCAUUUUAACACUGUACAGGUGCCAUCACAUUGGUCUAGUAAGAGAGAAUACUUGGCGUCCAAGAGAGGAAUCGAACGUUUACCUUUCCAACUUCCUAAAUUCAUUCAAGAUACUAACAUUCAAGAAAUGAGAAAUACUGGAGAUGACCUGACUUUGAAACAGCAACAAAGAGAAAGAGUUCAGCCAAAAAUGGGGAAGCUUGAUAUCGAUUAUCAGAAAUUACAUGAUGCAUUUUUCAAAUUUCAAACAAAACCAAGACUCACCGGUUAUGGUGACGUUUUCUUUGAAGGUAAAGAAUCUAGCGAUGAAUUUAUUAAUGAAAUCAUGAAUAUAAAGCCAGGAAAAGUAUCUCAGUCGCUAAGACAUGCAUUGGGUAUGCCUGAGAAUAACCUAACGUUCCCUCCUCCAUGGCUCAAUAUAAUGAGAGAAAUCGGUAAGCCGCCUGCGUACGAACACUUGAUUAUACCUGGUUUAGAUUGUGAGUAUAAAAACUCGGGCUAUUUUGUCGCUGAUGAAAAUGGAAAUGAAAUAAUUCCUUUACCAUUGGAUGAAUCGCUUUGGGGUCAUCCAGAAGAGGGCGAAGAAUCGGAGGAAGAAGAAGACCUGGCCGAGGAUGAUGAAGACGAAGUUGAAGAAGGAUUCCAGGCUUCUGAAGAAGAGAAGGAUGAUGAGCAAGAUGCUGAAAAAGUCGAGAUAACAGAGUAUUCUCGUAUCAAAACUAUGCCUCUGACAAAUAAGCAGCCUGACGUGCAAGAAGAUUCUGGUCCUAAGCAAUUGUACACCAUUCUCAAAGAGAAUACAGCGGAAGGUACUAGUGAUGGUCUACUCAAAAAUGUCCAAACUUAUGAAUUGGCUCAAGAUGGAAAGGAUACUACAAUUUCUUCAGAAAAAGAAGAGAGCUACAACAAACCUACAAAACAACGUAAAGAAUUUAAAUUCUAAUAAUGAAUGUUACGUGACUAUGC